AAAAAAAAAAAAAAACCUAAAAAAAAAAAAAAAAAAAAAAAGAAGCGAACCCAACUUGUGAUUGAGUAAUCGAAAACAAAAGCUGCAGGUCCCUGGGCGAGGAUGCAAAACAGCAUCAACAGACAACACUCCCUUCGCGAGAAGCUAAAAUCUUCGAUAUGCUGUUUCACGGGGCAUGAGCCGUUGGAGCAGGGAGAAGGGUUGUACAGCAAGUUCCGCAUUCCACGCACGCCCAUUUCCCCCUCCGGCUCCACCUCAUCCUCCUCAUGGUUCAAGCUCCGAUCCCCUACGGCCGCCUCCACCGAGUUCGCGCCACGUGUGAGAGGCCGCAGCCUCAAGUCCCGAAUGGGUCGCAAGUUCCUCCACCGCCAGUCACAAUCCGCCGAUUUUAGCUACGACCCUUCCAGUUACGCCCUAAACUUCGAGAACGAAAGCCCCCAUGACCAUGAGCUUCCCUUCAGAAACUUCAGCUCCCGCUUGCCGGCCUCGCCGCCGCCGGUUAAGUGUUCCGAUUCCGAUCAGAUUCAUUCAUUCUGAUCCUCUCUUUAGCAUAUGCCCUCUCAUCCAUCUCCUUCUAUUCUACGCAACUAACUAACCACACCUAUGCAUCGAUGAAUGUUUUAUGCCUUCUUUUGGCUUUUCCUUUCCAUUCAAACCCUAAAUUAUUGCUUCUCUUCAUUGUAAUUUAUUUUAUUUCUCGCUCACCUUAAUUUUCUUUCUUCUUUUUUAUUCAUGACGUAAAUCAUUCUUUUCACAAUACAACCAAUGCUACCUCUCAACUUUCAUUUUC